AUGCAUCCCAAAGCGCUUGAAAAGACAUCCCCCUCAGCGGCCAACGCCAACGCCAACGCCAAUGGCCAUACCAACGGCACCGACAAUGGCCACACGAACGGGCACUCGUCCCCAGUCUACGACAUUCCCUCUGCGCCGUCGACGAUCCGACAAAAGUUCCUCCCGCACCCCUCCGACCUGGGCGUGGUAUUAGUCGGGUUCUCCGGCGGCCAAUGCAAAGAAGGCGUGGACGCGGCGCCGACGGCGCUCGUGCAAGCCGGGCUCCUCGACCAACUGCGCGACGACCUAGGCUACAAACUGCACGGCGACGCUUCAGUGCGCAACUACAACGAGAUGAAGCCAGCGUCGGACGAGCCGCACCGGGGCAUGAAGAACCCGCGGGCCGUGUCCGCGGUGACGGAGACCCUGGCGUCGCAGGUGUACGAACAAGCACGGCAAGGGCGGAUGGUGCUGACGCUGGGCGGCGACCACAGCAUCGCGAUCGGCACACUGGCGGGCACCGCGAAAGCCGUGCGCGAGCGGUACAACGGACGCGAAAUGGCCGUCAUCUGGGUCGACGCCCACGCCGACAUCAACACCCCCGAGACCUCGGACUCGGGCAACGUGCACGGCAUGCCCGUCGCCUUCGCCACGGGCCUGGCCACCUCCCAGGAACGCGACAUCUUCGGCUGGCUCACGGACGAGCAGAAAAUCAGCACGCGCAAACUGGUCUAUAUCGGUCUCCGCGACGUCGAUCGAGGCGAGAAGAAGAUCCUGCGCGACCACGGCAUCCGCGCCUUCAGCAUGCACGACAUCGACCGUCACGGCAUUGGAAGAGUGGUCGAAAUGGCCCUCGCCCAUAUCGGUGCCGACACUCCCAUCCACCUCAGCUUCGAUGUCGAUGCCCUCGAUCCCAUGUGGGCUCCUAGUACCGGCACCCCGGUCCGAGGAGGCCUGACCCUGCGCGAGGGCGAUUAUAUUGCCGAAUGUGUCCAUGAGACUGGCCAGCUGGUCGCUAUGGAUUUGGUCGAGGUUAACCCGAACCUCGAGGUCGCCGGCGCCUCGGAGACCGUGAGAGCCGGCGUUAGUCUGGUGCGCUGUGCGUUGGGAGAUACGUUGCUUUAA